CCAACAUUGGUAUCUAACAUUGUUUGUACCGCCCAAGCGCGUAGAUAGCAUAUAACAUGUAAAGAGGCCUCAUAAAUCGAAGUGCUCCAUACUCGUCAAUUCAAUAGUUAGCAAUCAUGAUGUCCUAUACUUCGGAGAAAACGCCGCUCCUCCCUGUCGUCGAACGCACACUCGAUGCCUACAUGAACAAGAUCGACCAACGCCAUCGUGAAGGCGUCGAAUACGCACUGCUGGUGUCCACUCUGUUGCUUACCGUCUUCCAAGUCGUGGUCCUCUACAGCGGCGACAGUCUUGUGUCCAUAGCUCUGGACGGCCAAUACUACGCCCUGGUGGCUCAACUCGCUCGCGGCCUGCGCAUGUCGAUCCCCGCCAGUCUGCCCACAGCAGCCAUAUUUUUCAUUGUCGCGCCCUAUCUGGCGCAAAAGGAGCGUGUCGUGAUGACGCGAUACGCGAUUCUCGUCUGUUAUUUGAUGGGCUCGACGCUGGGCGCGUUGUUGCUCUAGACGCGCAAGGGUCUUGACUCGACUUGGCUCGCGUGGAGAUCGGCGGGGAGCGAUAACGGCGGAAAGUCGCAUCCUGGAACUUUUUGGGCAGCUUCAAUCGCAAGACUCAUAGGGCGCAGGACGUCAAUUGGGUGAGUCAAAAGAUACAAGGGGUACAAGAACAUCUCCAGGUAUGUUUGGUCCUCGCAUUAGGCUCCGCCAGGCAUCAUCUUCACGAGAAGUCAUGUCCCUCACACGCCCCAACCCUCGCCUCC